CGCCCGCCCGCCGCGCCAGGCGCCGGGCCCGCCGCUGAGCCCGGCCCGCCGGCGCGCCCCGUCCGGGAUGGGGCGCCUGGACGCCUGAGUCGCCGUUCGGCGCGACCUUCGCGCGGGGGAAGCAGUCGGCGCCGCGCGGCCGCGCUAGAAUGGAGGGACCCGGCGGCAGUGAUCCCAGCGGCGACGGGGCUGGGGACGGUGCCCACCCGGACCCCCGGGUCCCCGGCGCCGCUGCGGCCAGCUCUGGCCCGUGCGCGGCCGCCCGGGAGUCGGAGCGCCAGCUGCGCCUCCGCCUCUGCGUCCUCAACGAGAUCUUGGGCACCGAGAGGGACUACGUGGGCACCUUGCGCUUCUUGCAGUCGGCAUUCCUGCAUCGCAUCCGGCAGAACGUGGCAGACUCCGUGGAGAAGGGCCUCACGGAAGAGAACGUCAAGAUCCUGUUCUCGAACAUCGAAGACAUCUUGGAAGUUCACAAGGAUUUCUUGGCUGCCUUGGAGUAUUGUUUACAUCCCGAGCCUCAGUCUCAGCAUGAACUUGGGAACGUUUUUUUAAAAUUCAAGGACAAGUUCUGCGUGUACGAGGAAUAUUGCAGCAACCACGAGAAGGCCCUGCGGCUGCUUGUGGAGCUCAACAAGAUCCCCACUGUCCGCGCCUUCCUCUUGAGUUGCAUGCUUCUGGGAGGCCGGAAGACCACAGACAUCCCUCUGGAGGGCUACCUGCUGUCUCCAAUUCAGAGGAUUUGCAAGUACCCCCUUCUCCUCAAGGAGCUCGCCAAGAGGACCCCCGGCAAGCACCCCGACCACCCCGCGGUCCAGAGCGCCCUGCAGGCCAUGAAGACCGUCUGCUCUAACAUCAACGAGACCAAGCGGCAGAUGGAAAAGCUGGAGGCCUUGGAGCAGCUGCAGUCCCACAUCGAAGGCUGGGAGGGCUCUAACCUCACGGACAUCUGUACCCAGCUCCUCCUACAAGGCACCUUGUUAAAAAUCUCUGCGGGCAACAUCCAGGAGAGGGCCUUCUUCCUCUUUGACAACCUCCUCGUCUAUUGCAAGAGGAAAUCCAGGGUCACCGGGGGCAAGAAAUCCACCAAGAGGACCAAGUCCAUCAAUGGCUCCCUCUACAUCUUCCGGGGUCGAAUCAACACUGAAGUCAUGGAGGUGGAGAAUGUGGAAGACGGGACAGCGGAUUACCACAGCAAUGGCUACACUGUCACCAACGGCUGGAAGAUCCACAACACGGCCAAGAACAAGUGGUUUGUCUGCAUGGCCAAGACGGCGGAGGAGAAGCAGAAGUGGCUGGAUGCCAUUAUCCGCGAGAGGGAGCAGCGUGAGAGCCUGAAGCUGGGCAUGGAGCGGGACGCCUACGUCAUGAUUGCGGAGAAGGGGGAGAAGCUUUACCACAUGAUGAUGAACAAGAAGGUGAACCUGAUCAAGGACCGCCGGAGAAAGCUGAGCACCGUCCCCAAGUGCUUCCUCGGCAAUGAGUUUGUGGCCUGGCUUCUGGAAAUUGGUGAAAUCAGCAAGACGGAAGAAGGAGUCAACUUGGGCCAGGCCCUGUUGGAGAAUGGUAUAAUCCACCAUGUCUCUGACAAGCACCAGUUCAAGAACGAGCAGGUGAUGUACCGCUUCCGCUAUGAUGAUGGCACGUACAAGGCCCGGAGUGAACUGGAGGACAUCAUGUCCAAGGGUGUGAGGCUUUACUGCCGCCUUCACAGCCUCUACGCCCCCGUGAUCAAAGACCGCGAUUACCACCUGAAGACGUACAAGUCGGUGCUGCCGGGGAGCAAGCUGGUCGACUGGCUGCUGGCUCAGGGUGAUUGCCAGACGCGCGAGGAGGCGGUGACGCUCGGUGUGGGCCUGUGUAACAACGGCUUCAUGCACCACGUGCUGGAGAAGAGUGAGUUCAAGGACGAGUCCCAGUAUUUCCGCUUCCACGCAGACGAGGAGAUGGAGGGAACCAGCAGCAAGAACAAACAGCUGCGCAAUGACUUCAAGCUGGUGGAGAACAUUCUGGCCAAGCGCCUGCUGAUCCUGCCCCAGGAGGAAGAUUACGGCUUUGACAUUGAGGAGAAGAACAAGGCCGUGGUGGUGAAGUCAGUCCAGAGGGGCUCGCUGGCUGAGAUGGCCGGCCUGCAGGUGGGGCGGAAGAUCUACUCCAUCAACGAGGACCUGGUGUUCCUGAGGCCCUUUGCCGAGGUGGAGUCCAUCCUCAACCAGUCUUUCUGCUCCCGCCGCCCGCUGCGCCUCCUGGUGGCCACCAAGGCCAAAGAGAUCAUCAAAGUUCCCGACCAUCCAGAGGCUCUGUGUUUCCAGAUCCGUGGAGCCGCCCCGCCGUAUGUCUACGCCGUGGGCAGAGGCUCCGAGGCUGCGGCCGCAGGGCUCUGUGCCGGCCAGUGCAUCCUGAAGGUCAACGGCAACAACGUGCUGAACGACAGCGCCCUGGAGGUCCUGGAGCAUUUCCAGGCGUUCCGGAGCCGCGGGGAAGAGGCUCUGGGUCUGUACCAGUGGGUCUAUCACACCCACGAGGAUGCCCAGGAGGCCCGAGACAGCCAGGAGGCCCCCGGCGAGGACCCCCAGCCCGACUCAGCCUUCCCCCUGCUGUCCCUGGGUCCCCAGCUGAGCCUGCAUGAGGACAGCCCUGUGGUCAGCCUCACGGUGGACAACGGACAACUGGAGCAUGGCGUGGUAUAUGAGUACGUGAGCACUGCAGGCAUCAAGUGCCACGUGCUGGAGAAGAUCGUGGAGCCCCGCGGCUGCUUCGGGCUCACCGCCAAGAUCCUCAAGGCCUUUGCUGCAGAUGACAGUGUCUUUGUGCAGAACUGUGGGCGGCUCAUGGCCCUGAGCAACAUUAAGACCAUGUCCCACUACGAGUUCCGCAACAUCUGUGACACCAAGCUGGAGAGCAUCGGCCAGAGGAUCGCCUGCUACCAGGAGUUUGCAGCCCAGCUGAAGAACAGGGUCAGCCCACCCUUCAAGCAGGCUCCCCUGGAACCCCAUCCACUGUGUGGCCUGGACUUCUGCCCCACCAAUUGCCACGUCAACCUCAUGGAAGUGUCCUACCCCAAGACCACUCCCUCAGUUGGCAGGUCCUUCAGUAUCCGUUUUGGUCGUAAACCCUCCCUCAUCGGCCUUGACCCAGAGCAAGGCCACCUGAACCCCAUGUCCUACACCCAACACUGUAUCACCACCAUGGCUGCCCCAUCCUGGAAGUGCCUGCCUGCUGUGGAUGGGGACCCCCAACACCAGGGUCUCAACGACAGCGGCUUCGGGCCAGCCGACGGAACCCCGGGCCAGGAGGACCGGGGCCUGAGCUUCUUACUGAAGCAGGAGGACCGGGAGACCCAGGAUGCGUACCUGCAGCUCUUUACCAAACUGGACGUAGCCCUGAAGGAAAUGAAGCAGUAUGUCACCCAGAUCAACAGGUUGCUGUCCACCAUCACAGAGCCCCCCUCCAGGGGCUCUUGUGAUCCCCCUGUAGCUGAGGAGGCCUCAUCCCCUCCGCUGGUCAGCGAGGAGAGCGAGAUGGACAGGGCCGACCACGGGGGCAUCAAGAAGGUUUGCUUCAAGGUGUCUGAGGAAGAUCAGGAGGACUCAGGCCAUGACACCAUGAGCUACCGCGACUCCUACAGUGAAUGUAACAGCAACCGGGACUCUGUCCUGUCCUACACCAGCGUGAGAAGUAACAGCUCCUACCUGGGCAGUGACGAGAUGGGGUCUGGUGAUGAGCUGCCCUGUGACAUGCGGAUCCCGUCAGACAAGCAGGACAAGCUUCACGGUUGCCUGGAGCAUCUCUUUAACCAGGUGGACUCCAUCCACACACUCCUCAAGGGGCCAGUCAUGAGCAGAGCUUUUGAAGAGACCAAGCAUUUCCCCAUGGACCACAGCCUGCAAGAGUUCAAACAGAAAGAAGAGUGUACAAUUCGCGGCCGGAGCUUGAUCCAGAUCAGCAUCCAGGAGGACCCCUGGAACCUCCCCAACUCCAUCAAGACCCUGGUGGACAACAUUCAGAGAUAUGUGGAAGAUGGGAAAAACCAGCUGCUCCUGGCCUUGCUGAAAUGCACAGACACGGAUCUGCAGCUGCGCAGGGACGCCGUCUUCUGCCAGGCCCUGGUGGCCGCUGUGUGCACCUUCUCUGAGCAGCUGCUGGCGGCCCUCAGCUACCGCUACAACAACAACGGCGAGUACGAGGAGAGCAGCCGGGACGCCAGCCGCAAGUGGCUGGAGCAGGUGGCGGCCACCGGAGUCCUGCUGCACUGUCAGUCCCUGCUGUCGCCGGCUGCCGCGAAGGAGGAACGGACCAUGCUGGAGGACAUCUGGGUGACCCUGUCAGAGCUGGACAAUGUCACCUUUUCCUUUAAACAGAUGGAUGAGAACUACGUGGCCAACACCAACGUCUUCCACCACAUCGAGGGCAGCCGGCAGGCGCUGAAGGUCGUCUUCUUCCUCGACAGCUACCAUUUCUCCAAGCUGCCCUCCCGCUUGGAGGGCGGAGGCAGCCUGAGGCUGCACACCGUGCUGUUCACGAAGGCUCUGGAGAAUGUGGAGGGGCCACCCCCUCCAGGCAGCCAGGCUGUGGAAGAUUUGCAGCAGGAGAUCAACGCCCAGUCCCUGGAGAAGGUUCAGCAGUAUUACCGCAAGCUCAGGGCAUUUUACCUGGAACGGUCUAACCUGCCCACGGAUGCCAGCACGACAGCGGUGAAGAUAGACCAGCUGAUACGCCCCAUCAAUGCCCUGGAUGAGCUCUGCCGCCUCAUGAAGUCCUUCGUCCACCCUAAACCUGGUGCCAGUGGGAGCCUGGGUGCCGGCCUCAUCCCCAUCUCCUCGGAGCUCUGCUACCGCCUGGGCGCUUGCCAGAUCGCCAUGUGUGGCACGGGUAUGCAGAGGAGCACCCUGAGCGUCUCCCUGGAGCAGGCAGCCAUCUUGGCACGGAGCCACGGGCUGUUGCCCAAGUGCAUCAUGCAGGCCACGGACAUCAUGCGGAAGCAGGGACCCAGGGUGGAGAUUCUGGCCAAAAACCUCCGAGUCAAGGAUCAGAUGCCCCAGGGUGCACCGCGGCUUUACCGCCUCUGCCAGCCUCCGGUGGACGGAGACCUCUGAACGUGCAGACAGGUGCCAGGUGCUCGGCUGCAUCCCCCCCUGGAGCUGGGCUUUGGGAAGCCACAGGGGGCCGCGCCGGCCUUCUGCAGAGCCGGCUGCGACGCUCCUUCCUGCUCCAGGAUCCGUCAGCCUGCGUCUUCACCUCCUGUGUGGACAAGCGGAGCCCCCGCUCUCCGAUGAGCCGGCCGGUCGGCCCUGGGCCGGCACGUUCUCCACGCUUGUGCCAGAAGCCCGAGGGGGUGCCGGGGACCCACGGAGCUCACUGACGGGUGCAGCCGGGACCUGGGCUCCUGCCCACAAGUCCCCGGGACACGGAGGGGGGAUGUCACGGGUGCUGUAGCUGGAGGCCUGCGCACUCAGCUCCCUCAGGAUGGUUCAACCUGCACUUUUGAAACCCCUGGUUUCCUUCUAAGUCCGCAUUCCAGGCGACACGCGGUGUCUCCUCCUCCUCCUCCUCACCGUAGCUGCCAGUUCACCCCUAACCCUGUACUAACCUGCUCGGUGGACUGGGAGAAGCCGGGCCUCUGCCGGGAAAGACAGAGGGACGGGGCACACCACCUGUCACCAAGAGGAGACUCCAGAGCCACACCAGCUUCUGACAUCACCGCCAUUGGAACUCGAGCCACCAGUCCUGGGCGCGAGAUUUGCUCCGACUUUAUUUAUAUGGCGUGAACUCUCUAUGGUUUGUUUUGGGGUUUUUAUGUUGUUGGUGUCGUCGAGAUUUUUUUUUUUUUUCCUGGGUUGUGUAAUUAUAUAUUUGACAUUUUAAAUCUCAAAGAAAGGUAUAUUGUCUAACAGGGGACCAACAUAAGGUAGUGUUGAUGACUUUUCCCACUUCUACUAAAAGAGAAAACUAAAUUAUUGAAAAUCCAA